CGGAAGAGUCUAGGCACGAUGUAGACGACAUGGAACUUUAUCAUGAUUCCCCAGGUUUAUAAAAUAGACAAGAUGAGCCCAGUUCUCUGGAGUAAUGGCCUCGCAUAAUCAAGUUAACGAAGUCCAGAACGUUUGUAGAUCCUUCUCCACGCUGGAGAAGCACUGCUCAAUUAUCCAGUUCUCUCCUCUCUUCGGGUUAUACUAACUAUUCAGAUGGUUCGGUUUGCUCUUAGCCUUGCCUUGGCGUCUUUAACGUCAAUCGCAUAUGGCGCAUUCAGUAUAUCAUCUAAGAACAAUGUUGCCGUCUACUGGGGUCAAGGACCGAAUCAAGCUGGCUUAGCUACAUAUUGUGCGGAUCCGAAUAUCGACGUUAUCGUUUUAUCGUUCGUAUACCUGUUCCCACAGCAAGGAAAUGGCUUCCCCGGACUCAACUUCGGGAACCAGUGUGGCGGUACCGUGUACGCCGGCCCGGGGUAUAACGGCGUGAACAACGCUAGUAAUAACCAUCUAUAUGUCUGCCCCAAUAUCCAGCAUGAUCUAAAUACUUGCCGCGCAACUUCCAACAAGAAGUUCAUCCUUUCCCUUGGUGGCGAGACUUCGCAAUACCAACUCAACGGCGCCACUGAUGGAACCAACUUCGCCAACACAUUAUGGGGCCUCUUCGGCCCGCGCACGACGGCAUGGGUCAAUGCCAACAAGCCGCGCCCCUUUGAUUACAACGGCGUAGGUUUCACAGUCGACGGUUUCGACCUGGACGUCGAGCACCCACCCACCGAUAACUGGGCCGGGUACAACGCACUCGUCUCCCAACUCCGCACGAACUUCGGCUCCGGCGCCGGAUCGCAGUACUUCCUAACCGCGUCGCCGCAAUGCGUAGUCCCGGACGCUAAUCUCAACGGCGUGCUACAGCGCGGUACAUUUGAUAUGUUAUUUAUCCAAUACUAUAACACACCCCAGUGCUCCGCCGCGACAUGGGUUAACUCGAAUACCGGCUAUAAACCCGGUGCUACGUUUAAUACCGCCGGGUUCACGUUUGAUACUUGGACUACUUGGCUCGCGAGUACGCCGAGUAAGAAUGCGAAACUAUUUAUUGGUCUGCCUGGGUCGAGUGGUGCGGCGGCGGCUUCUAGUGUGGUUACGCCUGCGCAGGCGCAGAAUUUGAUUGAUGCGUAUUAUUGUAGGGGGAAUUUUGGCGGGGUUAGUGUGUGGGAGGCUACGUAUGCGGCGGCGAAUGUGGUUAAUGGGUUGAAUUUUUAUCAGAAUUUGAAGAGGGAUUUGAAUACUUCGUCUUCGGAUACUAGGUUGUCCUGUGUGGCUCCGGCUCCGUCUAGUACUAGUACUACUAGUACAACAUCUACUAAGUCAUCAACGACUACUGCUGCGGCUACGACAUUUCCGGUUACGACGAACGGCCGUUGUGGUACGGGAUUCAAUUUGGCGUGCGCUGCAGGACAGUGUUGCAGCCAAUACGGAUACUGUGGUACCGGCAGCACUUACUGCGGCACGGGCUGUCAGAAGGGCUUUGGUACGUGUAGCUAAGAAGCGUAUAUAUCAGAUUGUAUAUACUAUGGGAUAAAAGUGUAAUUGUAAGAUAGAUCAAGGUUGGGUGCUUGUAUAUAUCAUGUAUGAUGAAUUGAUAACACUGUUACGCUUAUAUGAAUUUAUGUAUUGGGUUUGCGAUCAUGUGGGAUCGUGGUAACAGUUCCCUUGCGC